ACAGGCUGCCCAAGGAAGUUGUGGAUGCCCCAUCCCUGGAGGCAUUCAAGGUCAGGCUGGAUGUGGCUCUGAGCUGUCUGAUCUGGUCGCUGGCAAUCCUGCACAUAGCAGGGAGGUUGAAACCAAAUGAUCGUUGUGGUCCUUUUCAACCCAGACCAUUCUAUGAUUCUAUGUAUAAAUAAGCAUGUUUUAUCAGGCCAUGUUGUCUUUUAAAGAAACUUAGGAUUGAUGUGUAUUUUCCUAACAUAACCUGGGUGAAAACAGUGUCUCAUUCUCAGUUACCUUUCUAGGUAGCUUGUGAGGUGAUGGAGGCACCUGAGUAUUUUAUUAGGGUUAUAUGUAACUCUCAGUUAUUUGAGAGCUCAUUUUGUGCACUGUGAUAUUGUAAAUCCUAUUAGCUAUCUUGUUCCUGUUAGAAAAGUUCUACCAGACUAUUCUGCUCCUUGGGAAAGGUUGCACUACAUGGUGACAGCUGAUAUAGACUGAGUGGCAAUUCUUGUUCUCAGAUUGUAGGUCUUUGCUAGUGUCAUCUGAUGGAUGCAACAGUCAUCUUGGUGCCAUGACUUCCUCCUGCAAGAACAGUAUAGUUUCAGGAUGCCUUGCUUGGGAUCUCUGAUGUGUGUGCUUGCCCUCACAGAGUGGGUGGUUUAGUAAGAAACAUCUGGUCAGUCCAGCACCCUUUGGUUAGCUGACCUAGAAUGUUGUGAGAGAGUACAUUUCCAUUCUAGUGAUGAAGGUUAGAGUACAAAAUGUGCAAUGAUGCUGGUCAGUAUCAUCCAACUUGCUUCAAAGGUAUCAAAGCAAAGCCCAAAAGGAGGAUAAAAACAUUAUUGUGAAGCUAUAAUACUUUUCCAGUGACAUGUUAUAAACUAGAAUGAGGUGAAGAGGAAAAGAAAAAACAACUGGGAUAACUGAUUCUUACAGGACAUAGGAAGCGAUAAAGCCUCAAGUCUAUGCUGAGAUGCCGCACAGUGUGUUGUGGAGUUCAGGACGGUACAUCUCUCAGACAAAAGACCCUCUUCCUGAUCUCUCACUGGUACUCAAAGUGCAGAUAUUGACUCAGAUGGACUCAGGAGGGAGGAAUGUGAAGCCAUGGAAGAUAGCUGUCAUCAUUGUGUCAGUGAUAAUUGGUUUGGCUCUCAUCAUUGGCUUGAUUUCUUAUUUUUUGUGCCAUUAUCAGGACCGAUAUUACAAUGCAACUUUCCUUAUCACCAAUGUCCCAUAUGAUCCUCAGUAUGGAAGGCAAACAACGGAGGAGUUCAGAUACUUGAGCCAAGAGAUUGAAACCACGAUGUCUAAAGUAUUUAAGGGGUCCUUUCUGAGCCGCAAGUACAUUAGAUCCCAUGUUGUCGCUCUAAGCCCAGAUCCUGGUGGAGUGCUUGUAUCUGUUGCUCUGGUAUUUAAAUUUGCCUCAGCUGACAGUAAGGCAACAAGCUGGAGUCAUGUCAACAGUGUGUUACGUAGAAGGCUUGAAACAAGCUCAACGUUCUUGAAUGUUGACCAGUCUACCAUUAAACUCACAGAAUUGAAUAAGGAGAAUGGAGAUAACCUUAUAAACAACUUCUGUGGAAUACGAAAGGAGGCAUUCUCCUUCUCAGGAGUGGAAAGAAUAACCGAUGGACAACGUGCACGGGAUGGAGAAUGGCCAUGGCAAGCUAGUAUUCAGCUUGAUGGGACGCAUUACUGUGGUGCAUCAGUGAUCAGCAAUACGUGGCUAGUGACUGCAGCCCAUUGCUUUAAAGCAGGAAGAGAACCUCGGAGAUGGACUGCUAGUUUUGGAAUUCUGUUGAGGCCUCCAAAACAGAGAAAAUAUGUCCGAAGAAUUAUCAUUCAUGAAAAAUACAAUGGCCUUGUCCCUGAUCAUGAGUAUGAUAUAGCUCUUGUGGAACUUGCCUCCUCUAUUGAGUUCACAAGUGAUGUGCACAGUGUCUGUCUUCCUGAAGCGUCUUACAUAUUACGAGAUAAUACUUCCUGUUUUGUCACAGGCUGGGGAGCUUUGAGGAAUGAUGGCCCUAGUGUUAAUCAGCUUCGACAAGCAGAAGUAAAAAUUAUUAGCACUGCAGUUUGUAAUAGACCACAAGUGUAUGCUGGAGUGAUAACACCGGGAAUGUUGUGUGCUGGAUACUUAGAGGGACGAGUGGAUGCUUGCCAGGGUGACUCUGGUGGGCCACUGGUGAAGGCAAACUCCAGAGGAAUCUGGUAUCUCGUGGGAAUAGUGAGCUGGGGUGAUGAAUGUGGCAAGGCAGAUAAACCAGGAGUGUACACGCGAGUGACUUCUUAUCGAGACUGGAUCGCUUCCAAAACAGGCAUCUGAAACCUGCGGUUGUCUUGUGGGCUGUGUGAAGGGCUAUUCCUCAAACGCAUUCUGCUCUGCGGUUACCCUCUAAACAGCUGCUGCCUUGGCACAUGAUGAUGUAUCAAGUGCUGGCAAGCUUGGAGUAGUCUAGGACUUGAAAUUGGUUUGGCUUACAUCCAGAAAGGAAUGAACUCAAUCGUGACACAGCAGUUUGUUCAGGAAGUAUUCUGUCAAAGGGACAAAGACUUUGGUUUCUGUGCAGCAUAGAGAUCCUCUUCUCUGUGUCCAAAUCUUCUGGCUGCUACUUUGUGGGCCGAGCAUGAGCUCACAAAUCCGUUUACCAGGAUCUAAAAGCGGUUGUAACUAAAAUGUGACCCAUCCAUUUGCUAUGUGCUUCUAAGGCCCUGCCUGUCUCUAGACCAGCUACCAUUGAGCCCCUGACUCUAAGACUGCUGCACUUCUGUAUUCUUCUCGAGCUUUUUUCCUGCAUUGUUCCAUGGAGCAUAUGCUAAUAACAAACAGAAGAUGGCUUAGAGGAAUUUCAUUUCCUAGUAUCAUGUCAUACAAUUACCUAAGUGAACUCAGAAGUAUUUUGUGUUGUGUUGUCCUGAGAAGUGAUCGCUGAGAAAAGCCAGCUUCUAUCCACCGCCUUUGAAUGUGUCCACUUCCUGCUGCUUAUGAACAGCCCCUACCACAGCAUUUGCCAUGAAAGCAAUUUCUGGACUUGAGAUAAAGUAGUACUUUGCGUUCACACUAGUCUAUUGUUGUACGUAAAUAUCUGACUGAAUGAAAUUCCAUUUUAAAACUUUCCAGAUUGUAUUGUUUUUAAUAAAAGUCCUAAGCUCUUUUGUGCAGGUUUGUAACAACCUCAGUAUGAACACUGCCAAAAACCAUCUCCAAAACCUGCUUAUUCUCAUGAAUGUUGUUCUCAAGUAUUAUCAAUAUAGAAAAGUUUAUGUGUAUCUCUUCAGUUAUGUUUAAAAAAAAAAAAAAAGUUGUGGAAAUAUCUAUCUACAUGUCUACUUCAGAACAAAGAAUGAGCCAUAAGUCAAAGUAAAGAUGUUUUUUCUGUCAGGAAUUAAUGCCUGAGUUUUAUUGAUAGACCACAGAUAAUCCAUCUGUUCUCACAGACUUCAUAGUCUCUCUACCUUCAUUUUCAGGAGCUGAUGUUUCUCAAACUUUCUAUACCCUAGAAGUGGAACGUGCCUACUCUUGAUGAAGAUGCCUUCCUUAAUGCAUCUGCAGAGUAUUUCCAAUGUUUUAUUCUGAUUGCUAAUAUGGUCAACAGUGAGUGAUCUUAAUUGCUAGAUACAGGAGUUACUCAUUUGCUUCUGAUGGUCAGUGAAGGAAAUAUUAGCCACACUGCCAACAACCAAAGCUGAUCCAGUGUGGCAGACAAGCCAGGCCAGAAAAGACAAGCAAAGAAGCAUCUUCGUAGUUAAAAGUUUUUGGCAUCUUCAUAAUUAAAAGAUCUGGGGAUAGAAGGCCCACACUAAUUAUACUCUUAGAAUUAAAGUGUUGUCCAAAUUCAGUACAGGUCAGUUAACAUCAUCAGUGUUAAUACUAGGGAUCUUUGCAGCUUGCUGUAAGCCCUGCCCAACAGAGCUGCAAGCCAUCAAGUUUAUGGAAUUACUUUAUUACACAUCCUGUGAUUUAGGUGCCUGCAAGCACAGUGAACCAUGGUUUGUCUUUACUGGAGAUGUGGGGUGUUUGGACUCUCAAAAAAGAUUUGCAUGAAGGACAAGGGUCUGAGGCUGUUCUGUGCUUGUGUGUAUUGUGAAGACUCAGCAUUUAAAAUGUCUUCUUAUGGAGGCUUUUUGUAUGGAAUGCUGUAUGAUCCAAAAAUAAAACUUGGUGGCCUAAGUUUUAGGUGGGGAAUAAGAAGUAUCAAAGUGGUUCCAUAGGUUUGAGACAGAGAAAUCUCAUUUUGGUGCUUUAAGCAGAACUUGAAUUAUAUUGCCUUUAUAUUAUGCAUGACACAUAUAAGAUUUUUUUUUAAUUUUUUUUUUAAUUUUUUUUUUUUUUGCUGGUAACUAUACCCAGACAAUGAGUCACCUUGAAGAAAAGCAUUAUUACAAGACUUCAGGACUUUUCUGUUCCCAAAGCACUUCAGAUUUGGGUUUUUAAAGGACAAAUUUCAUUGUAAUUCAGGAACAUAAUAUUUUUAGACCUGCAAAUCUCAGCUAUUUCACUGUUUUCAAAAAAACAGGUAAGUAGAUGUCCAAAGGAUUUCUUUUGAAUUUUUGAACUUUCUAGUUGUGCUUGAACAAAAUGAGGAAGUGUUAAGCAUUUUUUCUCUGUGCAGAGGGCUUUUUUGAGUGUAAUCCUUCCAAGUAGUGCACACAAAGCUGAAAAAGUGAACUUUCUGGUUUUGAGAAUGCAGCUGGAGAGAUCUAGUACACGAUUCACCUUAAUGCUGAGUGACAAUGCAGGGUAGCCAAGGAGGAAAAGACACCUACACAGUGUGUGUUCUAGGAGUCUUUUUUUGGAUUCCACUUUUCAUCAUAGCAGCUGGAAUACGUUUUCCUGUCUGGUUUCUCCUAGAAGCAGUGUGAUUUGUUUGCUCUUGACUAUACGAAGCAGUAUAAAUGAAAAUGCAAUAAAGUCACUUCAAAGAAUGCCCCUCAUCCACAGGAUGAUGCAGAUGGACCUGAUGGAUCCGAAUUCCUUUUGUAUGGCAAAACCACAAUGAUGUCAGCAUUGUUGAGCUUUUCCUGAGAGCAACUGUGGAAACCUGAAAUAAUGUAGGCAGCAAAAAUUUUGUUUACUUUAGGUCAUCUAGCAGAUACAUAUUUUUUUCUUAUCUGGAGUUCUUAAAUCUUGUAAUUUCAUAAAAAUUUAUCUGUUUUCCACUAUGUUUUUGUUUGGAAUUAUCAUCAAGGUGGAAUGAGAUGCAUCUAACUAUGUAAUCAGGCAUGGCACACAGGAACAUAACUUACGUGUUAAUUUAAUAAAAACAGUUAAA